AUGAAUAAUCAGUGUUCGGAGGAUGAUUGCGCCAUCCAGAUUCGUUCAUCAGAGGAAAGGUUGGUGGAGCAUCUGUUGGCGAUUGAAAAAUUGUGCAUGAGGUUACGCCAAUGUGUCCUUCCGGAAAUCAGUGGACUGAAAGAAGCGGUCUUUGAGCCAUCUCUUGUCAACGAAGUCAAUAAUUUGAAAAUUGACGUAAGUUCAUUAUUUUUUUUUUUUUUUUUUCAUUCAUUUUUGCCGUCCUAUAAUUUCAAGCUAGUACAAGUAAAUAAAUUUCUAAAAUAGAA